GUAGACGUCGCUGCUUCUUAACAGCUACUGCUAGCAACUUCGCGAGCAGGCAAUAUGGCGUCGACGAGCCGUGGAGACCCCCUUCCCAAGGUGCAGUGCCCCAACCACCCCGAUGCCCUGCUGGUGGAGGACUACCGAGCGGGGGACAUGAUCUGCCCCGAGUGUGGCCUCGUCGUGGGGGACCGCGUCAUCGACGUCGGGUCAGAGUGGAGGACCUUCAGCAACGAGAAGGCCACAAAAGACCCGUCCCGAGUGGGCGAUGCUCAGAACCCGCUGCUCAAUGGCGGGGACCUCACCACCAUGAUCAGCAAGGGAACGGGCGCGGCCAGCUUCGAUGAGUUCGGCAAUUCCAAGUACCAGAACCGCCGGACCAUGAGCAGCUCGGAUCGGGCCAUGUUGAACGCCUUCAAGGAGAUCAGCACCAUGGCCGACAGGAUCAACCUCCCCCGCAACAUCAUCGACCGAACAAAUAACCUGUUUAAGCAAGUUUACGAGCAGAAAAGCCUGAAAGGCAGGAGCAACGACGCCAUCGCCUCGGCCUGCCUCUACAUCGCCUGCCGACAGGAGGGGGUCCCGCGGACCUUCAAAGAGAUCUGCGCCGUGUCUCGGAUUUCCAAGAAGGAGAUCGGCCGGUGCUUCAAGCUCAUCCUGAAGGCGCUGGAGACGAGCGUGGACCUCAUCACGACCGGCGACUUCAUGUCGCGCUUCUGCUCCAACCUGGGGCUGCCCAAGCAGGUGCAGAUGGCGGCCACUUACAUCGCCCGCAAGGCCGUGGAGCUGGACCUGGUCCCCGGCCGCAGCCCCAUCUCCGUGGCGGCUGCUGCCAUCUACAUGGCCUCCCAGGCAUCUGCUGAAAAGAAGACCCAGAAAGAAAUCGGAGACAUCGCUGGAGUGGCAGAUGUCACCAUCCGACAGUCCUACAGGCUCAUAUACCCCCGAGCCGCCGACCUCUUCCCCCCCGACUUCAAGUUCGACACCCCUGUUGACAAGUUGCCCGCGCUGUGAUAUGUUUUCCCUUUUUUUUUUUUUUGUAUUUUUAGGAGUUUUUUAUGAAAUUCAAUUUCUAAGAAACUUAACUUUGUUUUGCUGGUGAAAUUUGAAUCUUUGUAAAGAAGUUUCCGGGUAUACAAGUGUACAGAACGCAUUCCGAAGCUUUAACAAACUCGUCUCCUAAAUCUCGUUGGUGUACAUACUGUAUAUAUGUCCGAUUCGCAACUAUAACUGGUGAUUGCAGUUAGGCUGGUUUCAUACUGUAUUUACACUUUCUUUUUGUAGGAAAUGAGCAAGUUAUAUUUUGUUAGUUGUAUGCAAUAUACUUAGUAAAUUAAAAUAAAUAAACACAAUUUCCCUG